AUGACUUUCGAGAUCAUACACAUAUCCAGUGAAGAUCUUGUGAGAUUUUAUGUCGGAAAGUACAAGGAGUUUAGGCUUCUUUCACUGCAAAUUGCACCUGAAGCUUUUGCGUCCAACUACGAAAGAGAGGCUGCAUUCCUAGAUGAAGUAUGGUACGAACGUCUUGCAAAUCCGUAUGCAGCUACGUUCUUCGCGUUUCGAGAUUUUAGAUUGAUCGGUACUAUUUCAAUCCUCGGCCCAUUACCUUAUGGCCCAGAAGAGAUGAUGGCCCUUGGAAAUCCAUGGCAAGCAAUUGGCGAUAAUGCAUCCAACAAACAAGCAACAGGUCACUAUCGAAUCAACGGAGUGUUUACUCUACCCGAAGUUCGCGGACAAGGAGUUGGGAAAGCGCUUAUUGAAGUGGCCUUAAGACUUGCCAAAGGUGAAACUGCGGUACAGGCCAGGAAGUUUGUGUGCAGUAUUGUGGUAGAGUCCGAUAAUGCUGGAGCUCGGAGACUGUAUGAGAAAUGCGGCUUUGUGGCUACAAAAGAGGUAGUGAGUGGAGAUGCUACAGUCAUACUCAUGAAAACACCAGGCUAG